AUGUUUAGGGCUCACUGGUCUCACACGCAGACCCAUCCCAAUUUCUCUUAUCAUUCGCCCCACAAAACCCAAAUCCCAAAAAUACCCAAAAGAUUUGUGGUAUUUGCGAACAACGGCAGCGGGUUGGAGCAGGAUUCGAAUUCCAAGGAGAGGGUAGAAGAGAAAGGCAAAGAUGAAGGAGCUGGAUCCGACGGUGGUGGCAGUGACGAUGAUUUGGGCAAGAAUCAACGGCCUUUAUUCGGCAAUAUCAGAUGGGGUGAUCUCCUACUGGACCCAGAUCCUAACGACGUCUUGGCCGUCGGAUUGACUGGGCUGCUGACGUGGGCGAGUGUGCGGGUGCUGUCCAUCGCAUUGGCUAUGCUUGUUGCUGCUGGUUAG